AUGGAGAAAUCUGAAGAUUUGCAUAAUCCCGCUAGGGAAGAUCAAACGCGUCACUCUACGUCUUCAUCGGGAAAUAAUACCAGUGAUGAAGAGUCUUCGAUAUCGUCACAGUCACAUCCAUCUCGUUCGCCAACAAAUCGCAACAAUCGAGCCAACUCGGACACUUACUCUCUGGGCGACAAUGGGUGGGAGAGCAUCAGGGCACCUGCCAAUGGCAUGUCCAUGACGAGAACUAUUUCUCGAAGAGAAUCAGCUUUGUCUCGAAUCCGAUCCAGGCCAGUCCCGCAAUUCACUCACCCUCUGGCUCAUGUCAAGACAACAGAGGACCAGAUCGUCGACUUUGACGGGCCUGAUGAUCCCUAUCGCCCAAUAAAUUGGCCUAUGAAGAAAAAGAUUAUCACUACCAUGCUGUAUGGAUGCGUCACAAUGAGUGCAACUUGGGCAUCAUCGUCCUACUCGUCAGGAACACGACAAGUCGCAGAACAAUUUAAUAUUGGCACGCAGACUGCUACACUAGGAACGACCCUUUUCCUCGUCGGUUUUGGCAUUGGACCUCUUCUUUGGGCUCCUUUGUCAGAGGUUUACGGAAGAAGACAGGCCGUUCUCAUCCCCAUGUUUAUUGCGAUGUGCUUCAGUUUCGGCUCAGCAGUCGCAAAAGAUGUCCAAACUCUUAUGAUAACUCGUGGUGUUUUGGGAGAUCUGUACGCCCCGACUGAGCGAGGUAUAGCCAUGGCUGGAUAUGCUAUGGCUGUAGUUGGAGGUCCUGUCCUAGGUCCCAUUGUAUCGGCUGCUCUCGUGCAAGACCCAAGCCUGGGCUGGAGAUGGACAGAAUAUGUCACAGCCUUCAUACAGAUCUUCUUCUUGAUAUUGGCAGUCAUCUUCGUAGAUGAGUCUUAUCCACCCAAGCUCCUGAUCUACAAGGCUCGAAGACUACGACAUGAGACUGGAAACUGGGCACUCCACGCCAAGUUCGAAGAGUGGGAUGUUAGUAUAGCAGAGCUUUCUCGAAAGUUUCUCGUACGCCCAAUCCAACUUAUCUGUACACCCAUCUGUUUUCUCGUGGCUCUAUACGCCAGCUUCUGCUAUGGUAUUCUGUACAUGCAACUUGGCGCCAUUCCCAUCAUCUUCAGGGAGAUCAGAGGCUGGGGCACGUUUGUGUCUUCUCUUCCUUUCAUCUGCAUUCUUCUCGGAGCCAUACUCGGCUGCUCAGCCAACGUCUACAACCAACUUCUUUACAACAAAGCUUAUCAUGCCGCCGGAAAUAGAGCUGUACCUGAAAAGCGCCUACCGCCAAUGAUGGUCGGCUCAGUUAUAUUCAGCGGUGGACAAUUUAUCAUCGCCUGGACAGGUGGGAACACCAGCAUUCACUGGAUUGUUCCUUGCAUUGGUCUAGUCCUGCUUGGAACAGGGUUUUUUACUAUUUUUCAAGCAGCACUCAACUACCUUGUUGAUACAUUCACCAUGUACGCCGCCUCUGCUAUCGCAGCGAAUACAUUCCUGAGAUCGAUGUUCGCGGCUGCGUUUCCGUUGGUCGUAGGGCCGCUCUACCAUAAUAUUGGCGUAGGACCCGGGUCGAGUAUUACUGGUGGUUUUGCGGCGUUGUUAAUACCAGUUCCAUUUAUCUUUUAUACUUAUGGAAAGAGAAUCAGGGCGCGGUCGAAGUGGUCAAAGGCAUCGGUGUACGACUAA